UCCGGCGGUGUCUCUGGGGAAGAAGAUGGCGGCGUCGAAUUACGAGUACCCAAGGCUACGGCGGCCAGAAAUAGCAGCAAUCCUUGCGCAGUUUCAGAUUGCUAACGUCACCGAGCAAGACCUCAUCCACCCUAACCCUGACUUGAUUUUCGACAUCUACACUCGCGUCCUCAUUCACCUCGAUUUCCUCCUCGAGGAAGACGGCGAGCAGCUUGAGUUCGAUGCCCUAGAGCAGCUCGAAAACCCCGAUUUCCACCUCGAUUCUGUUCGUGCCAUCAAACUCUACAACAAGAUCAAGGAGGUUCUCACCUCGCUCGAGUGCCCUCGGAAAUUCACCUUCCAUGAUCUUCUCAUGCCUGAUUCUAACAGAACCGAGCUUUUCCUUGGUGCUCUUCUCAAUUUCUGUCUCGAUAGGGAGGCCAGGAUGAAUUCUGUCUCCGAAUUUGUGGAAGAAGUCAACGCUCUAGAGGAGCAGCGAGCGGAGUUGGAGGAGAAUAAGAUUCUGCAGUUGAAAGCGGAGAUUUCUGAAUGCAAUGAAGCCAAGGAAAGGGAGAUGCUUCUUGUUCAGGAGGUGGAAGCGAAGGUUAAAGAGCUGCAUCAAACGAUUGCGGCGCUGAACAACAGUCAGAUGUCGGUGAGGGCUACCUCGAGGAAGUUGAAGGAGAAGACCGGGGAAAUGGAUGUGAAGAUUUCAAAUGCUCAAUUUGCACUGGUACAAACUGUUCAAGAGAAUGCAAGUCUACGUUCAAAAAUUGCUCAAUCUCCCGAUAAAGUACAGAGGGCUUUAGAGGAAAAGAAAUUAGCUCGAGAGGAGGCAAGGAAUGCUGAAAGAUUAGCAAUGCAAACUUUCCAUGAAAAGACUUCCCUUGUUGAAGUUUAUUCCAAGGUUUACAAGAAAAUGUCAAAGCACUACAAUUUGAUGCAGGGUAUCCAAGAGCAGGUAAAUUCUGCUAAAUCUAUUGAAAAGGACCUUAAAGCAUUAAAAGCUAAACUUAGUGAUGAAGAAGUAUUGGAGAAGUCACUUGAAGCCAAAUUGGUUGAAAGACAAAGUAAAGUUAAGCAGUUGGAAGAAUUUAGGGAGCAGUUGGAGAAAGAAUGCAAUCAUACGCGGGAAGAAGCAACUCAAUACUUAAUUAAUAAAAAAUCAGAAGUGGAAUCUAAGAGAUGUGCUACAGAAACAAGACAGAGAAACGUUGAGGCUAUGCUAUCUGAGGUGGAUGCCAUAAAUAGUAAAAUUACAUCAGUAAAAGAAUCUGGAGCAGUGAAAGUGGAACGGUUAGGUAGGAAAUGUGAAGAGAUAGUUGAAGAGUUUCACAAGUAUGCAAACUCUAUUGCACGUGUCAUUGAAUCUGGGCCAAAGAGUCAGGGCUACUAAAGGAGAUUAAUUUGACAUUUUGGAUCCCGUUUAUGUACUAGACUUGUAAAGUUGAGUAUGUUAGCAUCAACAUUCUGGAAGAAUUAUGGUGCAUCAACGUCUUAGUGACAUCACCAUCUUGCUGCAGAGCUGGAUUCUGUAUAGCGCGUAAAGUGUCUCCCUCACGCUUCUUCCAUGCCUAGCCCGAUAGUUGGAUGUGUCCUGCGAUGGUUUGCUUUUGGAUCAUGCCACUAGACGAAUGAAAAUGUGCUCGUAAUGCAUAAACUAGUUAUCCAUUCUAUUUGAUUAUACUAUAUUUUAUUUCAUUUCACUUUAUUUUAUUUAUCAUUAAAUGUAUGAAUAUAACUGUUGAAAUUUCUUGAAUUUGUAAAUGACUCAAUCUUGCUCGUCACUUGAAUUCAGCAGUUAUUAUUUUAAUAGGUUGUAAUAAGGAAUUAUAAAUUAUUAUACCAAGUUAUG